GUAUUAAGUUCUCUCCUAAGUAUUGAAUCAGGAACAAAACUUUUUUGCGACAUAUCUUCAAAGUAUGAAAGUCAGAAAGUUCUGAUUGGCUGGUACUACAACAAGGAACAUAUGAAGAUGACUAUAUUAAACUGUAGAUAUAAUCUUCAGACAUCCAGCAAAGGCAAGAAAAGGUCAUUUAAACCAUAAAUAAGAACAACUGUAAAUUCAAGAUUUGGAAACAUGUAUGGAUGGAUAGUUUUAUCGUACUUUGUGUUGAGUGCCAGUAUGUUUGAAACAUCCAAGGUAUCAGAAAACGUGUUGAAAGAUAAUAAAGGUGAGGAAUAUGACGUCAUUGAUGUUCAAAUUGGGAACACAGAUAUUGCAAUAAUCCAGAAAGAUGGUGUUAUACUGGCAGACGAAAUUAACAGUAAAGACACAGAGUAUUCAAUCAUCAAGUAUAACAGAACCUGCAAUGUUCAGUUUUAUGAGGUAAAUGAUACUCCAGAUUCCAAAACAUGCUAUGAAGCUUUUGAAGAUAACGAAAGCAUCCCAAAUGACACCAAAACAGAAAUCAAAGAAGAAUGUGGAGAUUUGGAUAUUGCUUAUGUUAAGGCUGUUCAUUGUAACACACAACACGGCAUCCAAAAAAGGUCAUGUUGUUAUUAUUACUACCUUGGUCGAUGUUACAGAAGGAUAGGAUGGUUGGGGUACAUAUAUUAUAUCUGCUGGUACAGAGUCUUUAGAUGCUAUUGAUUUGGAAAAUAUGAGUGCUUCUUCAUAGAUUCAGUACUUUUGUCUUUUCGCAACUUUUUUUUUUA